AUCUUUAAACAGCAGACUAGCUAUCCCUGAACCACAAUCAAGAUGGUCAAGGAAGAUAAGGCAACAUGGAAGUCCAACUACUUCCUGAAAAUCGCGCAAUUGUUGGAUGAAUAUCCAAAAUGCUUCAUCGUUAACGCAGACAAUGUGGGAUCCAAACAGAUGCAGCAGAUUCGCCAGGCCCUCCGUAACAAAGCAGUUAUUCUCAUGGGCAAGAACACAAUGAUGAGGAAAGCAAUUAGAGGGCAAUUAGACAAAAACCCAGAAUUAGAAAGAUUACUGAACUCCAUUCGAUUUAAUGUUGGUAUGGUCUUCCUCAAGGGAGAUUUGGUUGAAGUUCGAGAUAUUCUUCUGGCUAACAAGAAACAAGCUCCUGCUCGUGCUGGGGCUUUAGCUCCAGUCGAUGUCAAUGUGCCAGCUCAAGCUACCACUCUUGGUCCAGAAAAGACAUCUUUCUUCCAGGCUCUGCAAAUUCCAACCAAGAUUACCAAGGGGUGCAUUGAAAUCCUUAAUGAGGUGAAUUUGAUCAAAGAAGGUGGUCGAGUAGGGUCCUCCGAGUCAACACUCCUGAACAUGUUGAACAUCUCGCCCUUUUCAUACGGUCUGAUCAUCGAACAGGUGUAUGACUCUGGAACUCUCUUCAGUCCUAAUAUCCUUGACAUCACUGAUGAGGACAUUCGUGCAAAAUUCAUGAUGGGAGUGACGAAUAUUGCAGCAUUGUCUCUGGUAAUUGGCUACCCCACUGCAGCUUCUGCCCCGCACAGUCUUGUGAAUGGAUUCAAGCGUCUGCUGGCCGUUGCUGUGGAAACCGAUUAUACCUUCGCAGAAGCUGAGAGGACCAAGGAAUUCCUGGCUGACCCCUCCAAGUUCGCUGUUGCUGCCCCAGUUGCUGAAGCCGCACCUGCAGCUGCUGAUACAAAGAAGGAAGCAGCUAAAGUGGAAUCCGAGGAGGAAUCUGAUGACGACAUGGGAUUCGGGCUCUUUGACUAAAAUUAGUAGUCAAACUCUCAUGUAAAUGCUAAUCCAGAUGCUGGCAUUCAACAAACAAAAGAUCCCUUUCAGAUUUUAAUAUUUGUCUGGUGUUAAAAAUCGGUGAACUUGAAAUGAAAGAUUGAAAUAUCCACGCCGGAGUGUCUUAGAGGCUUCAAUAUGGCGAAGGAUUUCACCAUAACAUCUAUUAAAAAGAUCAACAAGA